UGCCUUCAUACGACGAUAUUGUUGACAACAGCUAUGUAAAAGAUACAAAACUAUAUCUAAAUGUGACAUUAAUGAAUGUGCACCCUUUACCAAAUUGUUCUUUGCAACAUAAUGAUCAAACUAGGAUAUUGAAAACAAGUUACUUUGAAAAAGGACUUCACACAUAUGACAUAAUUAGAUAUAAUGAAACUAUAAGUUUGAUCAACUUAUGCAGUAUAACUUGGUUUGUCAACUGCAUGGUUGGAGAGAAGAGCUUUCAAACGAAUCACAAGACAGAUGAAUGUGGAGCUAAUAGUGAUACGAACAUAAGGAAUUUAGCUAUCGGUAUUUCCGCUUCUGUAUUUACAUGUAUAUUGGUAUUCGGGAUAUGUGUAUAUCUACAAAGAUCUAACUGUUUGAGACGUAAUGCUAACACAGAAGGGAAAGAACAGCAUUCAAGCGCAACUACGUCAAGGCAAGAAGAAGAAAUACCCAUGUUGACAACUUCUUAACUUUAGAUUGUUUCAAAAAGAAUAGUUUUGUUUAUUAAAUCUACAAAUUGGUGACCAUUUCAAAACGUAACCACUUUGGGUUUGUUUGGAAACAAGUGAUGUCCUAGUUACAUGAUUACUGCAU